AUGAAUUCUCAAGAUCAAUCAUCUAAUGGUAAAGCUCUAGAGAAGUUCACAAUUUUCCCACAACUUCCCCCAGAUAUACGAAUCAGGAUCUGGAAAGCUACAUUAACUCCUCGUUUAUUGAGUAGAUGGUGCUUGAGCGCUAACAGCAGCCGACCUCUAAAUGCCGUCUACAUUCCUUCGUUACUUGGUGUUAAUGCAGAGGCCAGAUAUGAAGCCCUAAAAUGUUACCAAAACAUAGCGAUUUCGGCCGAGCGUCUUCAUGAUCUAAGACUUUCCGGGUAUUAUUGGGUUCCAAAGGGAGAGGAACUCAGAAUUCUCUUCAAUCCUGAAAUCGACGUAGUAGUCGAUGAAAGCCUUCGGUGCGAUGUUUAUAUGCAUGGUUUGGAUGACGCAUUCGCUAUGCCGUACAGAAUUCCACUGCUCAUAGACCCCGACUUUGUCAGGAAGGUUCAAGUAUCUCCCAACGUUUUUAUGAAUUCUUCUUGGAAUUGGAGGCAGACGUCAUGUAACUGGCAAGACAAUUAUUUCGGAUUUGAGGACAUGGAUCUCGAGAACUACGCAGUACGUCGCAUGGGGUUCAAAGACUUGCGGUUCAACAACUUAAAUGAGUUCAUUGUUCAGGAUGUGGAUUGCGCUCUUCCACAUCAGCUUGAAUCUCCGGAGAUAAGAGCUAGAUGCAAGGAAAUUCUGGAAAUCAUGUUCAAGGCCGAAACAACUCGCGAGUCGGAAGAUCAUAUUCAAGUCUCAAUUCCAAAAAUCGUUAUCCGUCUAGGUGCAAAGGUAGGCCUUUGUGAUCAUUGCACUGUCCGAUUCACCCCAUGGACCAAGUGGCCAUUGGAACAGCCCCACCAUUAG